ACAAGAAGCUGGACAUUCUUAUUGAGGUUUUUUUUUUUUAAUUGUCAUUACUUUUUCUGUUAUUUUUUUAGUAGUGUUUUUAUGUUGUUUUAUACAGUUACUUAAUUUUUUUUUUCUCAGUCAUCCCAAGGUGGUCUCACUCACAAUGGAUCUUAGUCUGAAGAUGCUCUUCGUACUUCAGAAAAUGAGGAUGAUGAAGAUUCCACUUCGGAGGAAGACGAGGAUGAUAAAUUCGACGAUGACAAAGGAGAUGAUCAUCAUGACGAUGAAACUGAUGAUGAUGAUGAUGAUCUGGGUGGAGAUGGUGUUGGUGCUGGUCAGGAUGAGGCUCACACGGGCGAUGUUCGUAACGAUGAGGGUGUUGUUGUCCCCGCGGUUGUUUCGAGGGAUGAUGAUACCGGCAAGGUCGAUGAUGCCAAGAAUUCUGACCCUGUGGAACCUAUUGCAGAGAUCAAACAGGUGUAUUUCUUGUUUGGACAUCAUUUUUGUUUGUGCUUUUUUUUUGUGUGUUUCUGUGUUUUGUGUUUGUUUUAAUAGUUUUUUACUGUUUUUUUUGUUAUCAGCCUGAACAGUCUCAAGGUGGGGAGGAGAACAUUGAUGUUGAUGCAACAAUUGCAUCUGCUGUUAAAGCUGUGGAGAAUUUGGUUUGUGUUUAUGUUUUUUUUUUUUUAUAUUUGUAUUUAUUUGGUAUUCUAUUGUUGUUUUUAUGGUGUUUUUAUUGUACUGUUUGAAAUUUAAAAAUAAGUCUUUUUAUUUAUCCUUUCUCUUUUUUAGAUUGGUUCCUCAACUCAUGCCCCUGCUCCUGUUGAGACUUCUAAGAAGACUGAUCUUGAAAUGGUUGUUUUUCAAGAGACUCCUAUUUUACGUCCUCAAAAGAGGGAUCGGAAGAAAGGAGCUGUUUUGAAAUCCCCAUUCAUUGAGCUUGCUUCUGGUGCAUCUAAAUCAGGUUCAUCCUCGGUUUCUCCUGAUGAUUCUGUGUAUAAGGUCGUUAAAUAUGUGCGUGGUUUGUGCCCGUUGGACAACAAGAUUGGUGAACCUGUGGAUCCGCAAUUGGAAGCUGAGUUUGUCAAGUGGGUUGAUUCAGGUCUUAGAAAGCAUAAAUCUAACACAACAACUAAUGUGUAUUGUAAGGGUAAGGACACUAUAUUUCCGCCAUUUCGUUUUGGUGUUGAGGACAUCAGCAACAAGAUGUGGUUUCACAACCUUGCCUAUCCUAAUUGUUUCCUUACCAAUUCUGUAAGUUUUUAUUUUAUUAUUAUUAUUAUUUUACAUAUUAUUUUUUUAUUUAUUUUUUUUAAUGUUUUUAAGUGUUGUUCUGUUAGUUUUUUAUAAGUUUGAAUGUUUUUUCACUUACUUUUUUUUAU